AAAAAAAAAAAAAAAAAAUCCAUAUAAACGGAACGCCCCGCUUCAAUCCCUCUACAAUUCCUUUUCAAACCUCUGGAUCUCCGAUUUUGACCUUUCUCUCUUCAAUUUACCAAUCCAGGCAAUCUUCAAUCCCACCAUAGCAACAGAGCACCGCAAAAUGGGCCGCCCCUCAGUACCACUAUCCGCCCAGCUCCCCCCGCUGGUGAUGGGCACCGCAACCUUCAACACCCAAUUCAACCACGACCCCUACGCCCUCCCCACAACCGAACUCGUCCAUCGCGCUCUCGCCAGCGGCGUCUGCGCCUUCGAUACCUCCCCCUACUACGGCCCCGCCGAAGAACUCCUAGGCCGCGCCCUGGCAACCGACUACGUCCGCGCAAACCACCCCCGCGAAUCCUACAGAAUCCUAACCAAAGUCGGUCGCGAGUACUCCUCUUCUUUUGACUACUCGCCGGAAUGGGUGCGCGUUAGUAUCAAGCGCAGUCUUCAGCGUCUGCAUACGGAAUACUUGGAUUUGGUGUACUGUCAUGAUGUCGAGUUCGUGAGGCCCGCAGAGGUCUUGCAGGCUGUGCGGGAACUGCGGCGCAUUCGCGAUGAGGAGGGUACUAUUCGCUACGUGGGGAUUUCGGGAUACCCGAUCGAUGUCUUGUCUAAAUUGGCGGAGAUGAUCCUACGCGAGACAGGCGAGCCGCUCGAUGCGGUCAUGUCCUAUGCGCACUUCACGCUGCAGAAUACCUCCCUUUUAACCCGGGCACUGCCGCGCUUACUCGAGGCUGGGGUGGAUGUCGUCCCCAACGCCUCGCCGCUUGGUAUGGGACUGCUGCGACGGCAGGGCGUCCCCAUCGGGAGUCAAGGCGAUUUCCACCCGUCCCCAGCGGGGUUGCGGGGUGCCAUUCAGAAGGCGGCGGAAUGGGCUGAUUCGCAGGGAGAACGGAUCGAGGUUGUUGCGAUUCGGUAUGCGCUGGAGAGAUGGCUUCGCGAGGCAACCCAGGUUGGUGCAUCGGGACCGCCACCGCUUGUGCCUUCUGCUGGUAUCGAGGAAGUGUCCAGCAAUGGCGGAAACAAGCCCGUGCACGGACGUCUUGGUGUCAGCGUCAUGGGCGUGAGUAAUAUCGAGGAAUUGAACGAGACCUUGCGCGUCUGGCACAGUAUCCUCGAGGGGUUGGAUACUGCACCUGCACCUGCAUCUGAUGAUGCAAACUGGUCCCGCGCGCGUCGACAACAAAUCCUCACUCUCGCGCAGGGCAUCCAGUCCAUUAUUGGCUCGGAAUGGGUGGAUUAUGUCUGGGAAAGUCCGGGACCGGGGUUUGUGAAUACCCUGCCCGAGAAGCAUCUCGAGGCGUUGCGGAAGGCUAGAGCUGAGUCUGGAUAGAUGAGGGUCAAGUGAUUAUGCAUUACGAUAAAGGAUAUAAUAGAUACAAGCUCUAGAUUAGAUUUGGAUUAGAUGGUUAAACCAUCUUGGACAUAGUGCAUAGUGCAAUAUCUCUCUUGCUAAUAUAGCAAAUACCUUUCUGCCUUCUAGAGGAUAAAUACUGCAAUUGUUCAUUCAAUACUCCUCAAGAAGAUGAAC